AGUUGAUGGAGGGGAGGGGUAAACCCACGUUCAGGAUUAGGCAGGGUUCAUAUCUGUGCGCACUGAGCGGCAGCAGCAACAGUUUCCCUUUGACGCAAAGAUUCCUGCACAGGCGCUGCAAUGGCUAAGAAAUACAAGCCGUGGAUGUUGUGCUGCUUCAUCUUGGCUGGUGUGAUUUGCGCGGUUGCCCUCAUCUGUCUUUGCAUCGUCUCACUUGUGGGCAGAGAGUGUCCCAGCGGGAGCUUUACGCACGCGGCUGUGGCUGCGGACUCGCGACUUUGCUCCGAGAUUGGCAGGAACAUCCUCCAGCAGGGAGGCUCGGCAGUAGAUGGCGCCAUUGCAGCUCUUCUGUGCACAUCUGUGGUCAACCCUCAGAGCAUGGGGAUUGGAGGGGGAUCUUUCUUCACCAUAAGAAAUAAAAAAGGCAAUGUUAAAGUCUACAACUUCAGAGAGACCGUCCCGCAGUCUUACAAAACUAACCUGUUAAAUGACUGUCCCAAAUCAUUCGGAGUGAUCACAGGCAGCCAGUGGAUCGGCGUUCCUGGAGAGCUGCGUGGUUAUGAGGCAGUUCACAAACAGUAUGGGAAGCUGUCUUGGGCCAGGCUGUUUGAGCCAACAAUUAAACUGGCCAGGGACGGCAUCCCUGUGCCAGCGUAUCUUGGACGACUUCUGGAGGACAGUUUUGUGAAAAAUCACGUGGAAAGUUCAUCUCUCUGUGAAGUUUUCUGCCACAAGAACAAAACCGUCCUGCGCACAGGAGACACCUUGAAGUUUCCUAAACUUGCAGAAACCAUGGAAACAAUUGCAAAGCAAGGGGCAGAUGCCUUCUAUACUGGCAAGAUAGGACAUGACUUAAUCCAAGACAUACAAGCUGCAGACGGGACUCUAACAAUGGAGGACCUGAAGUCCUUCCGGGUACGGCUAGAGAAUGCACUGACAGUCCGAGUGGGAAGCGCUCAGAUGCACAUCCCUCAACCACCAUCAGGGGGCCCCUUGCUCGCCUUCAUUCUCGGACUGAUGAAAGGGUUCCCCUUGAGUCCAAACUCUCUGGAUGGUGACCAGAAGAUUCAGCUGUACCAUCGUUACAUAGAGGCAGUUAAAUUCGCUAAUGGACAAAGGCGAAGUGUUCGUGAUCCUGUAUUUAAUAACACAGAGAGUGCAGAUCAUUUGAUUGAUCCUGUCUUCACUGAUUACAUCAGGGGCAUGAUUUUUUUGAACCGCACCCAUGACAACUCCUACUACAGCAAUACCAAGCCCCCCCCUGAUCACGUUGGGACGACACACGUGUCUGUCCUGGAUGAAGAUGGACUGGCUGUCUCUGCCACCAGCACCAUAAACCAUUUAUUUGGAGGAGGCAUUUACUCUCCCAAAACAGGCAUCAUCCUCAACAAUGAGCUGUCUGACUUCUGUGGCAGAGCAGACACAGUGAGGCCAGGUGAACGGCCUCCGUCCUCAAUGACCCCAGUAAUAUUGGAGUCAAAGUCUGGAGGACUACUUGUGAUUGGUGGAUCGGGAGGAAGCAUGAUCACCUCAGCAGUGGCCUUGUCUAUAAUUAAUCGCCUGUGGCUUGGGAUGAAUCUGACAGAAGCCAUUGCUGCACCUAUAGUGUUUGUUGACUCCAACAACAAUGUGAAAUUUGAGGAUCAUUUUGACAAGUCAGUGAAAGAUGGCCUCAGCGCUCUGGGACACAAACCUGUGGACUGGAAAUACUUCUUCAAUGUAGUCAACGCUGUGGAAAAGGAGAAUGGAUGCAUUGUGGCUGUAUCGGACAGAAGGAAGAAUGGAGUGUCAGCUGGAUACUGACCUCACAGACCAGAAGGAAACACCACCUUCCCAAUAAAAUCUGCCCAAAUGACUGACUGAACCUUCAGCCUUAAGAACAGUGAAUACACCAGCAACAAAAUGUAAGGUGCUUGGGCUCUUUUCGGAUGAGCAACACAAUCAAUCAACAAACUACUUGACUCAAAGGUCCAGUGUGGGGGGCAUCUAUUUGCAAGAAUGAUAGGUGUUAUUCAUAAUGUUUCCAUUAGUUGAUAAUGAAAAUAAGAAUUGUUGUGAGUUUGUUACCUUAGAAUGAUCCGUUUAAAUCUACAUAUGGAGCGGGUCCUCUUCCACAGAGUCUACCAUAUUGUGCUACAGUAGCCCAUAACGGACAAACCAAGCACUGGCUCUAGAUAGGGCUAUACGCAAUUUUACGUUUUUGCCACACCCACUGUAGUUCACCUACAUGCUGGGCACAUGGCAGAAGUUGAAGUUCUGCAACCUCACAGCUAAAUGCCACUAAAUCCUGCACACUGGACCUUUACGGGAUAAUUCCAGUUUAUUAUAACCUUGGUCUUCUUUUUGUACACAUCGGUCAGACAGCAUUGAACUCACCAUUGUAAUUGCACAGAUUUUUGAAAUGUGCAACAUGGCUCUAAAGAGGUCAGAUGGAGUGAGAAACACAAGUGGUCGGAUGAUCAGAUUAUCUAAACCUCUUGUCGUCUAAAGUUGCACAAAUUUUGCAAAUUCUUUGUGAUAUUUUGACUUUUUUCUUUUUUUAAUGUCUACCAUUUUCACUUUUGCUCCAGAAAGGUUGAUAGUAAUUCCUCUUUGCACAGAAAAAACUGUGUGCAUGCACAACCACAGCAAGUGCUUUGGAUCAUCGUUGAACCAAGAAGUCGCUCUCAGAGACUGUUAUGUGUAAUUUCCAUUGCAUGGUUCAGCUCAACUCGACUCGUCUUGACUCAACCCACUUUUGGUACCAGGCGCUAUUCUCCUUUUCGUUUUUCACUGCAGAUAAUACCACUCAGUGCAGGCAGGAUUCUCAUCUGAUCAGCAUAGGGAUAUUGAUGAAGCUGUCGUGACAUGUCUUCCAAGGAGGCAGGUUGGGGUGGUGGAUUGGUUACAAAACACAGGACUUUUCCUAGGAGAUGCGUCUUUGGACCCAUGUGAACUCAGAAUGAACUUUGAGUCAUUUUAAGGUAAUUUAAGGUAAUAACUUUACCUCCCCAGACCAAACCUCGGUAACUUUAUGUUAAGGACAAUACUUAAUUUUGGAGCGCUAAUUCGAAGGAUGUCCUACAAACUGUUCUAUGAGGAUACGUUGACCAGGUACUAUCCACAACUUUUGCCAAUGGAAAACCAAAACAGACCAAGUCAAGUUGAGUAGAGCCAUGCUGUACCAUUCCAUGCAGUGGGAAUGCAGCAUCAGAGACCGACUUCUUCGCCCCAAACGCACAGUUCAGGAAAUGAGCCUGAAAGUUCUUUAUUGAUAUUUUAAACAGCAGUUCAACAAAAUGAUCUUAACUCACUGUCCACAUAUUAGGUUUUUCUGAAAUUUUCAACUGCAUCUCACAGUCUUCAUCACCAAAUGGAGUCUGCUCUGUUGUCAUGACAAUUGAGAUCUCUGGAAAAGCCAAUAAAUAGACUAUGAAGAAAAUUUGGGUAGCAUUCACCCCCAAGGUUUGACAAAGACAUUCGAGUAACCAUGGGAACUGUUUUAUUGACUGACUACUUGGGUUUCUUACCCUGUCAGUGUUCUUUUUAGUGAUGUUGUGAUGUUCCCAGAUCUUAGUAAUAAACUUGGUGACUGCUACUACAAAAAUAAGACCCAAGCUGUGAUAAUAAACUGGACUCACCCUUUGAGCUGAUCAGACUGCUUCAUAUAUAAAGCCUUUUUUAAUACAGCCAGUCCUCACACACACGCUGACGCACCCUGUGUUGUAGGAUUACACACUCCUGACCAAAGUGUUCGGUUGCAGCAGCAAGCCAUAAAAGAAAAUCUGCUGCAGUCCGACAAAACAAAACCAACCGCUGUGUCAUGCUAAGUUUGUUAAUAUCAGCGAGUGUUUAUUAUCUGACUGACAAUCUGCAUAAAAACUGUUUAUUACAGAUGAGCCAUGUAACCCUUUCAAAGUGAAAUCCUGAUGGACAUGUGAGUUAAAGGCCCAAACAGGGAACAUUUACUGUGACCUUAAAGAUUAUACUGUAUGUGAAACAACCCUGUUGAAGGCCCUGAGGAUGUUGUGAUCUUUGUUUGAAGAUCAAGAAAUACUGUAGAAAGAAAAAAAAAGUUGAUUCACAAUGAACACAAUUUUCUAAAAAAUAGUAAGUGUAUUUUUACACCACCAUGUCAUUUUGUAUUUUCUGUUUUAAUGUGUCAAAAUGUUUUGUAAAAUAACUACACAUUUUUACAAGUAUUAACUGUGAAUAUCUGUGUUUUCACAAUAAAAAAUAAGAGUCCA